AUGUCGGCAGCGGCACUGAUCCAAGAGCAAGAACUGCAGCUUCGUGCGCAGUCUUACUACCCAGAGAAUGUUGCGCAUAACAGCAAGCAAGUCGAAUAUGUUCGAUCGACUGCGCUUUCAGUGGCUGGUUCGGUGGCAGGGGUGUUGGGUAUGACGAACUGGCUCGGCUUUGGGUUCUACGCGAUCUCGGUGUUGGUGACGAAUGUGUUGGUGUUGGUGGUCAACGCGAAUCGUACGCCGAGCAAGUACUUUAUCACGCCAUCUCCACCGUCCAAACCACUAUCAACAGGCACAAAGGGCAAAGCUCAGGGGAUGACGAUCGACCCAAGAUCAGGAAGCUUUACGACACAGGACACAGCAGCGUUUUUGGUCAGUGGGUUGACCGAAAAUGCUUUCAGCUUUAUCCUCUGGUGGACCUUUUGGUACGGUAUUGUUCACGUGUACGACUAA